AUGCGACCAGAAAGCCGCAACAGUUUUACAAUCGCGAUUGUCUGCGCCCUUCCACUCGAGGCCGACGCGGUCGAAAUUCUUUUCGAUGAAAUAUAUGAUCGGCUGGGAAGACACUAUGGCAAGCAACACGGUGACGCAAACGCAUAUAUUAAUGGAAGGAUCGGCAAGCAUGAUGUGGUCCUGUGCUACAUGCCAGGAAUAGGCAAGGGAAGUGCCGCAACUGUCGCUUCCAGCCUACAAGUUAGCUACACGGGAAUCGAACUUGCUCUUGUUGUUGGUAUCUGCGGAGGCACGCCACAGCCAUCUAAAUCUCAGGAUAUAUUCCUGGGCGAUGUUAUUAUCAGUGAUUCAGUGAUUGAAUAUGAUUUUGGCAGACAGUACCCUUGUGGCUUUCAGCGGAAGACUGGUGUCAAAGACACCCUGGGCAGGCCGAGCCGGGAGAUUCGGACUCUGUUAAAUGGCUUGCGCACCGAUAAUAGCGGUAUUGAGCUUCAGAACAAGGCGGAACAAUAUCUUCGCGUUCUCCAGCAAAAGGGGGCGAAGUGGAGUCAUCCAAGGGUUAAUGACGUUGUUUUUAAGCCUUCAUAUAUUCAUAAGCACUCUGACUAUACCUCUCUUGGGAUGUGCUCCUGUUUUGGAGGUGCCUCACCAGAUCAAAUCUGUGAGGAGGCACUAGAAGCAGAUUGUGACGACCUUGGUUGCGACAAAGGCCAAAUCAUCCGACAUCGAGAGGUCUUGGAAGCCAUCCCGACCUCCAUUCAUAUCGGACCAGUUGUUUCCGCAGACACGGUCAUGAAGUCUGGACAGCAUCGCGAUGAAAUUGUUAAGAAAGAGAAGGCCAUUGGCUUCGAGAUGGAAGGGGCUGGAGUAUGGGACAAUAUUCCAUGUAUCAUCAUCAAGGGCGUGUGUGACUAUGCCGAUAGUCAUAAGAACAAGCUGUGGCAGGCAUACGCAGCAGCAACUGGAGCCUCGGUGAUGAAGGCUUUCUUGGACUACUGGAGGCCCGCAAACAACAAAGUCUUUGAAUUUAGUGACAAGCACAAGGCAUGCCUCGCGAAUCUAUUCAUCACAGACCCAGAAGAGGACCUGAACAAACUAAAGAGGAGAAAAGGAAACCGCACAUCAGGGACAGGUAGCUGGUUCUUGGAAUCAGACGAAGUCAAAUCAUGGUUUCGACAAGCUCAAUGCAUGAGCGACGUAGAACAAAACCUCCUGUGGCUGUACGGCAAUCCUGGAAUCGGCAAAUCCACGAUGGCCAUGACCCUUGCCGAAGAACUGCCAAGGAAAGACUAUUUCAGCAACGGAGACAAUAUUAUCUCUUUCUUCUUUUGCGAUUCCGGCUCUGAACAUCAUAGAAAGGCGACCUCCAUACUACGUGGUCUUCUAUACCAAAUUAUCAAGCAAUGCCCGCCUUUCAUUGAACAGAUCAUGUCAAGAUAUGAUGUUCAGGGAGAGCGGCUAUUCACGUCGUUUGACGCACUAUGGGCGGUACUGAUGGAGAUAAGCCGAGGGUCUAGGGGUGUCGAGAUAUAUUGCAUCGUUGACGCUCUCGACGAAUGUGAAGACGAGUCACAGAAGAUAUUGCUUCAACAAAUCUACCUAUUGUUCGGAAGAGCAACAGACGCUAGUUUGGCCACAUCCAGCCUGCAUUUUUUGAUCAUCAGUCGUCCGUACUCUCAGAUUAGGGAUCGUCUAUCUGUUUUCAGAUCCAUAGACUUGGGCUCAUGCAAUGAGAUAACUGAUGACCUUAGAGCCGUGAUUCAAGAUAAGGUUCAGGACCUUGCGAGGCGGAAAAAUUACUCUGAGUCAGUUGCGCGAAGAGUGUCACAGCUACUGGAAGCAAAGGCCGAUGGGACGUUUUUAUGGGUCGGCAUCGCCUGUAAGGAGUUGGAAGACGUGCAGUCAAGGGAGGCAGUCAAGACACUAGAAGCUUUGCCAAGCGGAUUAUAUGACAUAUACAAAGACUUGCUCAGUGCGGCCAUCACGCCCAGCAGUCCAGAUGAUUAUCCACGGUUAAAGCGGUUAUAUGUGGUUGUCAAGUUUGCGUUACAACCCGUGACGAUAGCUGAAAUAGCCGAAGCAUGCCAACUCUUGGGCGAGGAUCUAAGUAGUCGCCUUCAGUUCACCCGAGAAACCAUCGACUUGUGCCGCUCAUUGGUUGUUGUUGACAGCGGCUACGUACGACUGUUGCAUACGUCUGUCCAGGAAUUCUUGAUAACUGAGCUGCACGAAAUGAAAGCUGCCGGUAAUCUUUGA